AUGUCUGCAUCCGAAAUCGGCAAACACGGCGGCAUAGACGAACACGUCACCGCCGUCUCGCCGUCGUCAUCCUCGUCCUCCGCAGCUGGGAUCGCAGCGCUCGAUGACGGCCUCCCACCGACAGAGGAAGAGAAACGCACGCUCCGUCGAGUCAGCGACGUGGUGCCCAAGUCGGCGUUCAUCGUCGCAGUGGUCGAGCUGUUUGAGCGGUUCGCGUACUACGGCGCCAACAGUCUGUUCCAGAACUAUGUGUCGACGGCGUAUGGACUCGGCCAGCCACGGACGACGGCCACGGCGCUGUCGACGCUGAGUAACUUCUUUAUGUACGUCACGGCCAUCAUUGGUGCGGUGGUCGCUGACCAGUACCUGGGCCGGUUUCGGGCCAUCGUGCUCUUCGCUGGCAUCUACUCCAUCGGCCUGCUGAUUCUGUGGACAACCGCCCUACCGUCUACGAUGGAAGCCGUCAGUGCCAACGGCCGGCUGGCAGCGUUCGUGGUGGCUCUGCUCACGAUCGGUCUCGGCACGGGUGGUAUCAAGUCAAAUGUCGCGCCGAUGAUUGGCGACCAGUACGCACACCGGGAAAUGGUUACUAAAAUCGACGUGAAGACGGGGCAGAAGGUGAUUGUCGACCCGGCGGUGACGUAUAACCGCAUUUACACAAUCUACUACGGGUGUAUUGAGGUAGGCUCCCUGUCGGGGCUGGCGACGCCGUUCAUGGAGAAGCGGUAUGGAUUUUGGGCGCCGUUUUUGCUGACGUGGUGUGUUCUGUGCGUGGCCGUCAGUAUCUUCGUAGCCGGACGCAAGACUUACGUAGUCCGCAAACCCCAAGGCUCCGUGAUCCUACACGCCUUCCAAGCCCUCGGCCAAAUCAUCCGCCACCGCAACCUCGACGCGGCCAAACCCUCCUGGCGCGCCGCCCACGGCCUCACUUCCAAACUAGUGCCCUGGAACGACCAAUUCGUGUCCGACGUCCAACAAACCCUCAACGCCUGCAAAGUCUUCGCCUUCUACCCCGUCAUCUGGGUCUGCUACUCGCAGCUCUCCUCCAACCUAGUCUCGCAAGCAGCCAUGAUGCAAGGCCACGGGGUGCCCAACGAUUUCAUGCGCUCGCUCGAAACAGUUUCCAUCCUAGUCUUCCUCCCCAUCAUCGACCGCAUCGUGAUGCCGCUGCUCCGGCGCCGUGGCAUCGUCCUCCGGCCUGUCAAGCGCAUCGCCAUCGGCUUCGCGACCAUCGGGCUCGGCAUGGCCUACGCCGCUAUCGUCCAGCACCUCAUCUACUCCGCGCCGCCGUGCUUCGAACACCCGCUAGCCUGCGCAGCCGCCCAACAACCCGACGGCACGGUCCUACCUAACAACGUGCACAUCGCGAUCCAGACGCCGUUGUACGUGUUGUUCGGGAUUGCGUCCAUCUUCCUCAACACCACGGGCCCGGAGUUUGCGUACACUCAUUCGCCACCGCAGUUGAAGAGUUUUGUGCAGAGCUUGUAUUUGUUGACGGUUGCCAUUGGGAGUGCGCUGGCGCUGGCGUUGGUGCCGGUGAGUGUGGAUCCGAAGGUGUUGUGGAUGUAUGUAGGCGUGGCGAUAGCGGUGUUUGUGAUUGGGACGGUGAUGUAUACGACGUUGAGGCACUUGGAUAAGGAGGAGGAUGCGUUGUAUGAGGAUAAGGUUUCUGAGGAGGGUCAGGAGCGGUCUUAG